GCGAUAUUGAACACCCUAUAUAUAAAUUUCUACCACUUUUGUUUUUUUACUUGACUCCAUAAAUUUCAUGUGUAAAAAUGAGAUAAGAAUUUAGUAUUGGUUUGUUUCAACAUUAUAAUUAAGCAAAUGACUAUGAUUGAAUAAUAUGAUGAAAUAUCUGUUUGCAUACAAGCAUUAGGAACAGCUACAGCAGAGGUUGUUGUGAUACAAUUAUUUUUUAGUUAACUAACAAAUUAAGAAAGUGAUUGCUGUUUUGCGAUAUGGAAGAAAUGGAAUUGGAUGUAUGGAAAAAUGAUUGGGGUCUACCAUCAGUUGAUGUGGAAUGUUUACAAGUUCUGGCUUAUGCUAAAUUUAAUGGUAUACCUAUAAAAGUAAACACUUCUGGUAACCCCUACAAUACGCCACGCGGUCGGUUACCUGUAUUGCGUAUAAACGAUAGGAAUCUUGAUACGGUCAAAGAAAUAAUACUUUAUUUUCAAAAAAGACAAUGGAACUCGGAAAUCGAAUUGGAUCCAAAAGAGUGCGCGCUUAUUAUGGCAUAUAACGAAUUACUAAAGGAGAAGUUACUUCCGGCUUUACAAUUUAUUUGGUGGAUAGAUAAAAAAAAUGUAGAUGAUUUAAUAAGACCAUGGUAUAGUAAAGCACUGCCUUUUCCGCUAAAUUUUUAUUAUCCCGGGAAAUAUGAGCGACAGUCACGUGCUUUAUUUGAGUGUUUGUAUCCUACCGAAGAUAAUAUUACUGACAUAGAAAAUAAGGUAUACUCCGAAGCACGAAAAUGCCUGACGCUCUUAUCAACGAGACUUGAAGAUUCGAAGCACUACUUUUUUGGAGAAAAGCCAACUCUAAUGGAUGCAAUUUUAUAUUCUUAUUUGGCGCCGCUGCUCAAAAUUAAACUACCAAAUGCAGCCUUGCAAAACCACUUGAAGGCCUGUACGAAUUUAGAGAAAUAUGUGUCGCGUAUAUCGCAAAAGUACUUCGAGAAGGACUAUCAAGAGUACGAGCAACGAAAAGCUGAAGAGAAUGCACACAAAGUGAGAAGAGAUUCGGAAACUGAUUUUCCUAAUAAAAGGAGAAAUCAAUUUUUCGCUGGAAUUUUUGCGACCUUGGCAAUGGCAGCUUAUGCUAUUUCAACUGGGAUAGUUCAGUUGCACUGGGAAAAGAGCUAUGACUUGUAACAGUUUCGUUGGCCACUCUGUACAAGCAUUUGUGCACCUUCAGUGAUGGGAUAGCAUUGGUACAUACACAGAAGCAUGUCAACAGAUGAGAGUAUAAAACGUUUUUGCAGUUAAACGUGUGAAAGAUGGAAAAAGUAAAAGAAGAUCACAGUAUAGUUCUGUUACUUAUGAGGUGUUGGAGAAUUGGGUACACACAGUGUGCAAGUUUGCAUUUGCAAUUUUUGUACAAUGUAUAAGUUCCUAAAUAUAUUUAUGUUGCUAAAGAG